CGAACGGGCCAACCACGGCUAAGAGGUCGGUUAAAUCUCAAAUUAAUUCGUGCAGGACGCAGAGUGGACUAGGAGCGAUUGUUUUGGAGUGUUUGGAGUGCACUUGAGUAGGCGGUAGGAAGGCGGUUUGGCAUUUGACACGCGUGCAUGGAACGUCGACACGUUGUGGUGGAGCAAAGGGAAGUCUUGCGGCACAGAGGAACAUCACCCGUGUAAAGUAACAACAAAGCAGUGAGCCUCGAUAUCUGAUUUCCAGCUGCACUGUUAAUGUAGCCGUGCUGGCGAUGGUGAAGUGGUGCAACUCGUUGUUGGAGAGCUGCCCACGAUGUGGCAGAGAACAACUGACGUCCACCACUAAACUCUUCACCAUGCUUUUCUUCGUUCUCUGAGCGACCUUAUUCCCUUAGCGAUGGAGUAGAUCUGUUCGAACACUUUCUCCCCCUGCGUCCUAAAGAGUUGGGUGCUCCCUGUAAGCACCACACUCGCUAUGAGUGCAAUGCCGGGCAAUGGCCGAGCGGGGAGAUCCAUGUUCUCGAAGUUCCUUCUGCCGUUCAGACGACCGCGUCCGGAGCGGGUGAUCUUGGCACGCAGCGAGAGCGUCCCCAGCGAGCAUGUCAUCAAAGUCACCAUCACCGAGACGACAAUUAUUGAGGCUGACUCAGGCGUUUGGAAUUCCAGGUCGCUGGCGUACCUCGGCCUGUGGUACUUCUUCAGCUUCUGUACGCUCUUUCUCAACAAGUACAUCCUGUCUCUGCUGGAAGGAGAGCCGAGCGUCCUGGGUGCUGUUCAGAUGCUCUCCACCACAGUGAUUGGCUGCAUCAAGAUGUUUGUGCCUUGUUGCCUGUACCAGCACAAAUCCCGUGCUGAAUACCCCCCCAACUUUCUCAUGAUCAUGCUCUUCGUGGGAUUAAUGAGGUUCACCACUGUGGUGUUGGGGCUGGUUAGUCUGAAAAGCGUAGCCGUGUCAUUCGCUGAGACGGUGAAAAGCUCAGCGCCCAUCUUUACCGUCAUAAUGUCCAGACUGAUCCUGGGCGAAUACACAGGUCUUUGGGUGAACUUGUCUCUGUUCCCAGUAAUGGCCGGUCUGGCGCUCUGUACGGCCACUGAAAUCAGUUUCAAUACGUUGGGCGUCUCUGCUGCUCUUUCCACCAACAUCAUGGACUGCUUACAGAAUGUGUUUUCUAAGAAGCUGCUUAGUGGAGAAAAAUAUAAAUUCAGCCCUCCAGAACUGCAGUUCUUCACUAGUGCAGCUGGAAUGAUCAUGCUCAUUCCUGCCUGGGCCUUUCUCAUGGAUAUCCAUCUGUUUGGAAAAAGUGGCCAAGGCUUAAACCUGACCCAGGACAUUGUGGUGCUGUUGCUGUGUGACGGAGUCCUGUUUCAUCUGCAGAGCGUCACGGCAUACGCCCUGAUGGGUCGCAUAUCACCUGUCACUUUCAGUGUGGCAAGUACAGUGAAGCACGCUAUGUCAGUCUGGCUGAGCAUCAUCGUGUUCAGUAACCCCAUCACCCUGUUGUCUGCUGCUGGCACUGUGUUGGUGUUUUUGGGAGUCAUGCUGUACAACAAAGCCAAACAACUGCAGAGAGACACCCUGCAGGCUCUGGCCCAGUCUGCAGAUUCGGACCACAGACCCUUACUUCAAGAGUCCAACAUGAAAGCAGCUGACUGAAUCAGAUGAGACUUAAAUUCUACAGGCAUAAAAGUUUCUCUGUUUAUUUCAGCUUUCCAAAAGGUGAAGAAAAGUGUUAUCCCAGCUCUUUUUGCAACAUGUCCUUGCUGAGUUCCCUUUAUGACGUGUUAGAUACUUUACAUAAGUGGCCGCUUGCAUCAAAAUGUCGAGGCCUAAUAAGGAGCAGAUUAUAAUUGUUCAGAAUAGACAAUUUUUGAAAAAGUUUACUUUAAUCACAUGGGGUAACAAAAUGUUGGACAUGUGGUAAGGGAACAUUAGCAAGGUUGUGUUGUAAAAUUAGUAUUGUAACAGAGGUUUUGCGGCCGGCAGAAAGACAAGCUGCUGUUUCAGCACCACCAUCCAACUGUGACGUCGGGGGGAAAAAAAGGUGCUGGAGGUUUAAUCCAAGAGACUGACUGAUCCAGAAAUGCAUGUUCAUUGAGCGUGUCUUAAAAUCCUCUGCUUACUUGUAGAAUAACUAUUGACCAAUGUCAAAUUCAUGUCAGUCAUGCUCUUAUUAAAUGUCUCAAUGUCUGUAUAGCUUGAAAUGGAGGAUGGCCAUAAACAGUGUAUUUGAGUUCUGACUUUUUUUUUUUUUUAUAAUUAUGACUUUAACCUCAGAUAAAACUUCUAAGAAAAGUGAGAAUUCUAAAAUAAGUUUUUGAGGGGGAAAAAUUUAGAACUCAAAUACAUUUUUAUGGUGGCAGUAAUCUACUUCCAUAGCUUGGGCAUUUAACUAUUCUGUACAACCACUAGAAUUCUAACAUUUUUCAGAUUUUAUCAUCAAUGAUUUUGAAAAAUGAUCAGGUAGUUUAACCACUCACAAAUAAGGCUGCUAAUAAGACGUCUCCCAAUAAGCCAGAACCCUUCAUAAAUGUUUUAGGUUGCAGUCAGAGUGUACAUUUUUAUUAUGUGUUUUUAAAGAUGCAGCAAAGACGACUAUUACGGUUAUAACCAAAGCCUCUACAUUUAAUAUUUGGUAAAAAAAAGACAUUAAAACCACUCCAGUCCAUGACUGACCAAACACAGAAAAAAAAACUGUGGUUUAUUACAGUGGAGUCAAACUGAAGACUACUUACUACAAGAACAUGAUGAUUCAAGAUACUACAAGAUGAUUCAUGUGGAGAUGAUUUCCUCUUAUAGUGCAGCAAUGUUGUUCUGGGCCAAUUCUGAUAGAUUACUGACUUUUGAUGACCAAAUAAAAAACAAACCCGGGGGUAAUAGGUGUGGUAUGGUAAUCUUAUAUGGUUCGUAUCAAAGCCAUCAUAAAUCUGAAUAAAAAAAAAAAAUUAAAAAAUUUAAAUCUCAUCGAAGGCAAAAUUGCCUAUAGAUCCACCCCUAAAUAUCCCUUUAUCAUUUCUUCUAUAAAUAACUUAUUCAGUAGUCAAAAUUGUCAUAUUUUCUAAAGGUUUUCUUCAGAUAUUCUUGCUUCGUUCUAGAAAUACAAGUUUGACUAUUAGCGAAAUCUUCUCCAACUGUUUAACAAACCGUUUAAAGUUUAGAAUUUCAGGGGGGAAUUGUCUUAAAUGCAAGUGUUCGAGUCCGAAAUUUGACUUUUAUUGUGCAUAAUAACACAACGCAGGUAUGAGAGUUAAAACUAGCUUUAUUUCUCUAUAUAAUCCACUGCUACACUAAUGCAAUAAUCCCAGUGUUUGACUAGCACUUCGAUAACAUCAAGGCAGAAAUCUUUCUCAAUAUGCUAAAGCCAUGAUCGGACUUGCCUGCAUGUUUGGCCACUCAGGGAGUUCCUGGGAGGCUAGCAUUUCAGACUUGAAGCAGACAGUGGCAGCAAGCAUGGUCUUGGUGUACUGUGAAAACAUUUUACCUUGAUGGUAAUCCAAGCACUAGUGACACAGGGAUAAGUGCAUUAGUGUAGCAGUGGAUUAUAUAAAGAAAUAAUGUGUUGCACAAUCAAAAGUUCCGGUUUGACAUGAACACCCCUUGUACUAACUUUGUUUCUCAUUCCAAGAUUUAUACCAGACACAAAAUAGACCAGGAUACCAGGAUGGUAUUCAGACUGAAUAACAAGCCAUGGGUAGCUACGAGACCACUUUGUCAUGACUGUGGAGAUUCCUUAAACCGUGAUCUUUUCCAUAAUGGCACAUGACACGGUGCACGCUUUGGUAUUAAUCUGUCACCUGUUUAUCAAUUUUGACGUAUUCUUGUAUCCCUGGUUCUACAGAUCAGAAAAGAAUAGAAAUAUUUGUUUGUUUGUUUUUUUUAUCAGUAACCCAUUUUAUUCUGGUAUACAGAGAUAAUGAUUAUGAUGAUGAACAGGAUCCAUGAAUAUUGAAUGAUGUUGAACCUGUGUCUGGUUAUUCCCUUUAUGAAAACUGUUAGUCAUGCAGAUUUGUUUUUAUGCAGAGAAGAGUGUCUUUGGGACAAGAUACAGUUUCUACCUGAGCUUACAGCUUAUCUUUUUCCAUUCUCACUGGGCCAAAUGUCUGUUGUUACUCAAUGACGGCAUAUUAAAGACAGAACUUGUGACUCGUGCUUGUGCUCUAUGUUUCUGACAGAACCUGUGGUCCUUAGACUACUGAGCUACAGACUCAUCUGUUUUACACCCAACUAAGAGCCUUAUAUUCUUGUUUUUUUUACUUGAUGUGUGUAGAGAUGUAAACAAAGCUUUGGGUUCCAAACCUGUGUACUGACAUUUUGAUUUCUAAAAAUUGAUUUAAUUAGUAGCCGUCUUUUUAAAGUGUAAUUUAAUUUCUUUUCCUUAGUGCAAGUGAACAUACUGAAUUUCUUCUUAGCGGAAAGACUGAUAUGGCCAUGCUUUUUUUUGUUUCUGUAAUAAUGACUAAAGAGGUUUCUUAUGUAUUUUUGUCUGUAGAAAUAGGUGUGUAAAUGUGCAACCUGUACAUUGUUGAGGUGUACAGCUAUAAUUUUAAUUUGGAGGAAAAAUUUCAGAAGAAUUUAGUUUCAAAUUUGUAUUAAAUGCAAUACAUCUUUUCAUUCAUUGUGUUUUUUUUUUUAACUUUGUUUUUUCAACUUUCCUAAUGAUUAUGCAAUAAAUUUUGUUUCAGAAA